GAUGGUGAGCCGCUCCUCUCCCCACCCUCCCCCCUGGACGGUGCCGCCUGGCCUGCCGCACACCCAGGCUGAGGACGGUGCGGGAGGGUCCAGGAAGCUGCCCAGAUCUGGGGGCAGAAGGGAGCAGGACCCAGGAGCCCAGACCCCUCCGGGCCUCCGUUUCCCCAACUGUAGAGGGAGGCUACGUGCCCCCGCCCACUUUCCACAGGGAGCAGAGCCGGCGGGUGGCAGCGCGGGGCCCCUGCCCUGGGCACCGCUGACCACCCACCGCCUGUUGCACCAGCUCUCCCCUGUCCUCCUGCUCCUGCUCUGGCUGCCCACCAGCCUGGCUCAGCACAGCCCCCCACUCCGGGCGGGGCCCCGCACCCACACGGCCGGGACCCCGCGCUGCUACUCGGCGGAGGAGCUGCCCCUGGGCCACGCCCCUCCCCACCUGCUGGCGCGAGCGGCCAGGUGGGAGCAGGCGUUGCCGGUGGCGCUGGUGUCCAGCCUGGAGGCGGCGGGCCGCAGGAGCCGGCACGCGGGGCCCCCGGCCGGGAACCAGUGCCCUGUGCUGCAGCCUGAGGAGGUGCUGGAAGCUGACGUCCACCAGCGCUCCAUCUCGCCCUGGAGAUACCGCGUGGACACGGACGAGAGCCGCUACCCCCAGAAGCUGGCCUUCGCCGAGUGCCUGUGCAGGGGCUGCCUCAGCGCCAAGACAGGCCGCGAGACGGCUGCGCUCAACUCGGUGCCGCUGGCCCAGAGCCUCCUGGUGCUGCGCCGUCGGCCCUGCUCCCGGGACGCGGCGGGGGCGCCCACGCCCGGGGCCUUUGCCUUCCACACCGAGUUCAUCCGAGUGCCCGUGGGCUGCACCUGUGUCCUGCCCAGGUCGGCCCGGUGAUCACCGGCUCGGCUCCUGGACUGGCCUCAGGGACGCCCCUCCUAUUUAUGUGUAUUUAUCAGUUAUUUAUGUGCCCCCCUGGGGCCGUGGGCAGGUACCGAGGCUCCAGGCCUCUGCUUUGAGACCUGGCCUGGGAAGGGCCCAGUCCCCGGUGCCUGGGGGAUGACCCUGUGCUGGGCAGCCCCCAGCUCGAGAUGCAGUUUAUCCUUUGACAAAAACAGCUGGGCUAGAAGGAACAUUCUCACUCUUCUAGAACUUGCUAAAACAGCUACAGAAAAGGGAAAAGGUGUUCUGAUGGCCACCUCCACUUCCUGGCCCCCUGGGCUCCCCUCACCCCAGCCCCCUGGGAGGAACAAGCACCCCUGUGUUUCUAAAACAGCUAUUUAUUUACAUGUGAAUACGCGUUGUCUCCCUGGUAAACAGUAUCUCAGAGCACAGCACUGGCUGGCAGAGGGCAGUGGGUGAAGCCACUCUCUCACCCUCUCCCCUGCCUGGUCGUCAACACCCAGCUGGUCCCCCAGGGGCAGCCACUGGCCCAGAUCAUCGUCUGUCCUUCUAGGAAGGUCUAUGCAUGGACCCAGGUGCACCCAGGGCGGGGUUAUGUUUUCACAGAGUGGAGCCCAGGUGUGCCCCGCUGGCCAUGCAGUAGCUCCCGGGUCUGGCGAUGGGACUCGUUCCCAAAGCCCAGCCCUCUACCCACAGACGUGGGUGUGGCCCCUGGGGACUACCUCCCUACCCCAUGGACAGGUGUCCUGGGGUGACUUCCCGGGGGGUCCGCUCAGGGGGACAUGUCUUUGGAGCCUGGCUGAGUCAUGCUCUCCCGAGCCUGGCUGAGUCAUGCUCUCCCUACCCCAGCAGAGGCCCAGGCAGCUCUGGACACCCCCUUGGGCUUCUGUCCACCACGGGUGACCUGCCAGACGAGGGGCAGCCAAGCUAACGGGCACCUCCCAGCUCAGGCACCCAGCCAGCCACCUGAGAACCACCUGACCUAUCACGACAGAAGGUCCUGGAUCAGAGCAGUGAACAAAACGGAUAGCUCCCCACCUGCCCCCUGGGUGACCGACAACCACGGCGCAGCAGCGAAGCCCUGGGCCGGCUGGUGGUGAAGGGAUCAGGAAAGGGAGAGGGGCUGCAGUGGAGGCCACCUGAGAACCACCUGAGUGGCCAUCCGGGGCCCGCUGCUCCAGGCAGAGGGGAUGGCCUGUGCAGAGGCUGAGAAGGUGGCCUGCCUGUGCCCGGGGGUCAGUGUGGCUGGAGCCCAGUGGGCGGGGUGACAAGGGCCAGAGCAGAUGGGGGCGGGGGC